AUGGCAAUGACAUUCCUAAAUAGAAAUUUGAGCAUCAUAAGUUACAAGAAUUCAAGAGGCAUGGAAUUAAACAAAAGAAGCACUUACUCUUUCAAGUUCAAGGAGCCCGAUUUAAGCAGCCUGCGUGAUUUGGUCUCUCAAAUGCACCUAGUAUACAUAAUCAUUUUUGGGAAUAAUUAUGGCAACUUUCUCAACAUCUUGAACCAAAGGGUGGACUAUACAGCUUUGAUCACUUUGGCUCAAUUCUAUGACUUACCCUUGAGGUGUUUCAUGUUCCAUGAUUUUCAGUUAGCACCAAUGUUGGAAGAAUUUGAGCGUCUUGUUAGGAUUCCCAUGAAGAAUAAGCUGUUGUUUGUGGGAGUCGACGAAUCCUUGCAUCUCGAAGUCAUUGUUAAAGCUCUUCACAUGGAUAAGAAAGAGGCUAAGGCUAACCUAGAGGUCAAAGGAAAUACCAAAGGGUUCCCACUAAAAUUCCUUUUGGAAAGAGCUUAUACCUUGAUGAAACCAGAAAGUUGGGAUGCUUGUUACUCUACUAUCGCUUUGGCUAUCUAUGGCAUCAUCUUAUUCCCAAAUAUGGAUGGUUUUGUAGACAUGGCCGCUAUUAGCGUCUUCCUCACAGAAAACCCAGUGCCUGCCUUGUUAGCAGAUGCUUAUUACUAUAUGAACCAUAUAUAUACCAAGAAAAGGGGAAUGAUUGCUUGUUGUGCUCCUCUCUUAUACCAGUGGUUCUUGGAGCAUCUACCAAAGACAUGUGUUUUUGUGGAACAAACAAACACUAGUUUGCCUCAGAGGUUGGGAUCACUCUGA